AUGGAUUAUAUGAACCUUGGUGUGCGGUCCAGAAAGACCGGGAUCCGUGCGAAAGACGGAAUUGCCAGGGAUGAGUACAGCAUGGAAAACGUCGAUGAGUUCUUCCAUGACGAGGACGAGGAGAACGACCGUGCCGUUGACAAGCGCGCGUUCACCGGCCCCGCGACGGGGCUGCUCCCGUUGUCCCCUUCUGUUGCGAACGUGCUGUCUUCCCCACACAUCUUCUCACCGGCAGGGAAGAGGUCGUCCACAACAAGACUGUUGAACUCAGGACCCUCCGCGGUUUACAGCAGCAGUAGGGGCCCCAAUGCACGAGAGUUGGACGAGUUUUCCACGCCUAUGCAAUUGGACGGUACUGAGAUACAGGACACGCAGCAGUACGACGUCCAAUCGGCAAGAUCGAGCAUUUCAUCGGAUCGGUACAAGACAUCAUAUGAACUCGAAAGCAGGCAUUCAAAGGCCACAUUGUCUCCGAUCAGGGAACACGACGUCGACAACGAUAAUGAGUACUACGUCACGUCGUACAUGGAGGACGACGCGCCGGAGCUGGCGCAAGACGCGGCAGAUCUGACGUUGGACAACACUACAAUAAACACCUCAGAUCAGGGCAUCCCAGAAGUGGCCGCCUCUGACACAGAAUCCAGCGCUGCUGAAUCGAGUGAUGAGGAUGGCAGUUUCCUCGGCAGCAAUGGGGAGAGGGUCGAUCGUGACUUCCACCCGCAUGAUGAUGAAAUGGGUGAGAAUGACUCGGACGAUAGUUCGUACAUGCCGUCUUCAGAUGACGAAGGUUCCCACAGUACGCGAAACACCAGAAAAUCGGACAGGGUGAAAGUACCACCCCUAGAUUAUUGGAGGAAUGAAAAGAUCGUUUACAAAAGGAGGGCCCGCGAGCCCGUGCUCGAUAUCUCGAAAGUAAUAACGUACGAAGAUGGAGACGACAACCCAAAGAACAAGACACAAAAGAGGACUAAUCAAGGCAACAAAGCGACGGAUGACACGUCACCACGCGACCAGAAACUUUUCCCAUCGCUCGGUAACGAGUUAGACGGGAUUACAAGGAAAAGACCCGUAGGGAGACCACGUAAAACCCCGUUGAUACCACCACCGAACGGUGCCCCGUUGAGCAGACUGUCAGCAAAUACAACGACAAGAGGCGGGUGGUUGAAGGAUGGUGUCCUUCGGGGCACAAUCGCGGGAUCCAAAAACGAGAAAAUCGAUGACGUCAUUGCGUACGCGCCAAACGUCUUCCAAUUGGAAAGGGCGAAGCAGACCGUAUCCGAAAGCUACUCUCUCGCAAUCACUUUCGAUAAACAUAAGGAUCAUUUCGCCAGCGGCAUGCUAAAACUGCCCCCGGCGGGUAAGAGAACCCUCACGGAAUCUCAUAACGCAUUCAUCACAUUUUACCUCAUAAAGGGGGUGGUCGAAGUCACUCUCGGGCCCAAUAGAUUCGUCACAACUCCAGGCUGUACAUUCCAAGUACCGUCCUUCAACAAGUACGCAUUUGCAAAUAAAGGCUCGGUCGAAGCGCAACUUUUCUUCGUUCAAGUUAGCGUACCUGAGACUUUCGAUUCGCAAAGGGAUGACAGGUUGGAAAUGAGUAAAAUCAGCUCCCACACAGGCUCCUCGAAUACUUCAAGUAAUUCGUCCACCGACUUAAGCUCGCGACCAUUGCGAGGAAAUUGA